GGGGUUGAUCAGCUUCUGAGAGGUGGAGUGAUUGAAAGUGGGACGGGCUUCGCACAGGCAACAGAAGUGAUAUCUGCCCUUGAUGCUUGGAAAUGUAGAGAAAGAGUCACUUCUGCUUGCUCAGAUACAACACUAUCGAACACUGGUUGCAACAUAGGCGCUGUGGUCCGUAUGGAGGAAAUAUUAGGGAAAACUCUAAUAUAUCUCGCUUGCCGUCACCACAUGCUAGAAGUCAUUCCCAAAAAUACCUAUGAAAAGACAGUCGAGUGCUCGACUUCGCCUGACAUUGGCACGCUGUGCAAAGAAUUUCGCAAACAGUGGGAGCAUAUCAAUCAGCAUAAUUACAAACCAGCCACAGAAGAUCCCCGGUGUGCUCAUAUUUUGACGGUACAGACAACGCAAAAAAUCCUGCAGUUUGCAAAAAAAACUCUAGAAGUAAGCAAAACUUGUUGAAUUAUGUUUCCACAAAACGAGUGCCAUUUUGCUAACCAUACGUGUUUUCCAGAGACCUGCAAUACGCUGUGAUUACAAGUAUCUUCUAGAACUUGUUGUCAUUUUCCUUGGAGAGGUACCACCCACCCAAAGAAAGGGUGUUCACUUCCAGCCUCCAAUUGCUCUCUCCUCAGCCAGAUUUAUGGGUCGAAUAAUUUACUCUCUUACGAUCCAAAUGUUUGCUUUGACAGAUGAAUAUCAAAUUCCAGAUACAGUUUUAACUAAAGUGAGGGAUUUUAAUUUAUUUCAUGUGGUGAACUACCUGGAGCCUUGGUACACUGCUACUGAACCACUCACUGGGCCACUCACUGAUUUAAAUUUGUUAAAAAAAAUAGCAGAGUACCAAAGCCUGAAUAGGAAAGUGGCAAAGGUUGCUUUAGAUAGUUUCAAAAACCAUCUCUGGUAUCUAUCCCCACACUGUGUCCCCCUCGCUUUGUUCGACAAACGAGUGGCGGAUGACACAAAAAGAGCAAUUGUUGGCAAAUUGGGACAUAAAGUUGUAUGUGUACCGAUAGAUCUCUACCGCUAUUAUGACUGACCGACUGACUGACUGUUAUGACCACCUGAAUAUUUUUCACAGUGUGCAGGUGGACGUCCUCCCAUGCGGCUAAUGUUACCCAAAACAAUUACUCAAAAAAAGUUAAUGUCCCUUACCCUUGAAGACUGCGCAAACGAGGAGAGUAUGUUGUUCUUUAGUGCCUUUUCACUAGACAAGAGUUUUCUGGACAAAGACCCUUCGACAUGGCCGACUGACAAAUCAUAUCUAGACAAUAGGCAAUUUCUGGAUAAACUACAGGUCGUAAAUGACACGGCAGAAAGAGGUGUUGCUCUCGUGAAAUAUUUUAAUGAAAAGUUGACAAGGGAUG